AGGCUCCUUCGUGGUUGAGGCCCGUCCCGCCAGUCGCUUCCGCUCUCGACCGCCCGCGAACUGUGAGCGCAGAUGCCGACCGCCGCCUCCGCACUCGCGCUGACUGCACUCCUGGCGGUGCAGGCCCGUGGAGACGGCAUCGACUAUGUCGUGACCGAGUACCCCGAGGUGACCGUGAACAGCGGCGGCUCCUCGGACGUCGCCACCGUGGUCCUCUCUGAGACGGCCGGGAUCGUCUGCUACGCCGACUGGGCCGGCGACAAGGACGGCUGGUGCAACGCUUUGGAUCUCUCCGUGGCGUCGGCGCCCGUCGAUGGUCCUGACGAGCAGCUGGCCGGUGUCAAGCUGCGGCACUUCACGCUGGCCCGUUUCUCGGAGACGCAGGCGGUGGUCUGCUACGUGCGCCUGGGCAGUGACGGCAUGGGCGUCUGCAGGGUGCUGCAGGUGGAGAGCGAUUGGUCGUUGACGGUCGGAGACGACAUGAUCAUCGACAGCGACACCAUCUACUUGCAUCAGCUCGACGUCGCGAGCUUCUCCCAGACAUCUGGCGUCGUUUGCUACGCAGACACAGACAGUGAACCCAACCUGAAGGUGUUGUGCGUUCCUUUCGCCCUCGACCCGACCUCCCUCGACCUGACCAGGGGACAGGAGAUCGGCGUCGAUGACUAUGUGCACCACGUGCAGCAGGUGAUCGUAACAACGUUUUCGGACACCUCCGCCGUGGUCUGCUACGCGCUGGAAGACUCCCGGAUCGACGAGCUGGAGGAGGAUUUCCCCGACGGCGACGUCGCUUGGUGCAGCCCGAUCUUUUUCAACGGCACCGCGCUGUCUUACAACGGCGGGUACGCCACGGUGAACCUGGAUGCUACCUACGAUCUGGCGGUGGCACGCCUCACAGAUGAUUACGGUGUGCUGUGCUUCACCGACGGCGGAGACGAUUAUGGCAAGUGUAGGCCCCUCAGCUUCGACAGCGGGGCCAUUGCACUCGGGGAGGUGCUCCAGGUGAGCGUGGACACCACCUCCAACCUGACGCUCGCACCACUGUCCCCGACAGCCGCCAUGGUGUGCUUCAUGGCAGGGUCCAGCCAGACUGGCAAGUGCAGUGGCCUCGUGAUGAGCCACGGCACCGAGCUCGCCAUGGGCGACGACAUCGACAUAGACAGCGGAGCCUUCGUGGGCGUGGAGGACUGCGCCAAGGGCUGGGAGGAGGAGUGCGGCUUGUUCAUGUCGGUCUCGGCGUAUGCCUCUCCCCUGAACAUGAACGGCCUCGCAUGCUACGCUGGCCUGGGCGGCGACGAGGGCGUGCGCUGCAGCAUUCUGGAAGUGCCCCCGCCAACCACCACGGAGACGGGGACCUCGACCACUGGGACUUCCUCCACGACGCCGCACACCACGACGGAGUCGUCCAGUACGACUGCGACAACCACCGCGACGAGCUUCACCAGGACCACGAAGACCACCACCGAGACGCUGACUUCCACUACCCCGCACACCACGACAGAGACUUCGACCACGGAGGCCCCCGCGGAGGUGGUGAACUCCGGGGCGGUGGAGGGGGCUGCCGUGAGGCAACUCGCUGCCACCGCGGCCUUGGUGUCCGUGGCCGCGCUCUUGUGAGGCCGCUGCUGCCUGGGCGACUGCUGCGGGAUGCACGGAGGGCCCCCGCGUCGCCAAGUCGCGCAGGUGAGAGGCUCGCGCCUGUGCCAUGACGGCACCGCGCGGCCCGUGGCUCCAGCUUCGCGGCCGCGCUGCGCGCCUGGAUGUCCGCACGCGCCCUGCGCAAAGCCGUGGGGCGCCCAGGCUGGUGGUCAGUAUCGUUUCACCGAUCCCCAGCCCCAUCCCCAUCCCCUUCGGGACCCCCGCCGAAUUCCCCCCCCAGUUGGGGAUACACCCCUCGAAACUCGAAGGGAACGGCCCAUAUCCCCAUCCAGGGGGGUAAAUCGGCCAGCGGGGCCCAGGCCACGCCGCUGGGGACGGGGAUCGGUUCAACGAUUCUCAGGCGGGGCCGUCCCCUCCACAAGACGAGGGGGCGGUGGUUCCCCAGGCCCGUCCCGGUGAAAGCACACUGGGCGUGGUCUCCCGUCCACGACCGAGGGGCACGCGGGCAGCCUGUUCGAAAGAGCCACCACGCUUCGCGCGAGCACUGCGUGAUUGGGCAACGAGCUGGACAUCUAAGAUAUCCAACUGCGUGCCCCCUCAGAUAUCUAAGAUAUCACAGAUGUCUAAGAUAUCUAAGAUUCUUGUGUCCCCUGGCGGCCCUGGUGCAUUUUGGAUCCGCCUGGUUCC